UUAGUCAUGUUUCAAUGUGUUGGGUUUGCAUUUUGUUUGGAUGAUUAUUGUUUUUUAAACGCAGUGGAAUUUCUACUUUUGGGAAGAACGACAGAGUGAAGUUCAGUGUCGUGGUAGGUGGGUGCAGGCAAUAUUUGGCUGUCGGUCGCUUGGAGGGGCUGGGCCCGAUGUAUUUCCUUUCUCGAGGAAUUGGUAUUAGAAACUAAUGGACUGGCCUGGACUUGAAGAAGUUACAAGUGCAGAGCUGUGAUAUAAAUAGUCGUAUCAGAGGUGAACGCCAGUGUAAAUUAGUCAGUGAAGCGCUAUGCUCAUCUGCACACACCACUCACAAUGGCAGAGCCAAUGGCGGGGGACUCGAGUGAGGAGGCUGCAUGUUUCGAGUGCAUGAUUUGCCCUUAUCACGGAGACUCAGUAGAACAGUUGAACAUCCACAUCAACGAAGUGCACUGCCAGAGCCCCAGAGCACAGCGUACUGCACCGUCCCUACCCGAAGCUGUGACGUUAUCGUCAGAAGCAGUGACAUCAUCAGCAGCGGCAGCAGCAGUAUCAGAUCCAUGCAGCGCCUACGAAUGUCCAGUUUGCGGGCUGGUGUGCAGUGAUGACGUUACAUUGCGUCAUCACGUUGACGAGCACUUCAGCGGCGAUGUCACUGCAGAGACAGCGGCACAGGAUGGGUCCGCUAAUUGGCGCAGCAGUGCCUGCGCACCCGGCGGUAUGGAUGCACCAAUAGUUGUAGACGAGGACGACGACUGCGAUGAAACAAUGCGUGGCGAGAGUGCUUCCGGCUCGGCGAACCCACCAGAGGCACAGGCCAUAUGUCCGUUUUGCGGAGCAGAUGUUCCUCUCUCUAGCCUGGGCGACCACCUGACUGCACACGAGAUAGCCAAGUCUGACACAACAGAGCUGCAACGUCAGCAACAGGACAUGGCUGCAAAGGAAAGCGAAGAGUUCAAGAAAUUGCAGAAACGUUAUGGUAUGGAGUCCACGCAGAAGGGUUACUCUAAGACGUACGAACAGCGGUUGGGUCAUGAUGCCGAUAGACAACGCAUUUCUGGACUUGACUAUCAUCGUGAGAAGUCCAUGCUGGCUGAGAGAAUGGCUAGGGGUGUGGAUGAUGGCUCCACGGCCACCAGAGAUCUUAUCAGCGCAGUGGCAGGCAUCUACCGACACCACAAGAUCCGUUCGCUGCAGUCCGUCUCUCUGUGUUGUAAUGUCACGCACUACUCGGCCGAUCGUGGGGACAGCGGCUGGGGCUGCGGUUAUCGUAAUCUUCAGAUGAUGAUGUCGUCGCUGAUGUCUGUGCCGGAGUACCGAUGUCGUAUUCAGCGCCUGGUUCCCAACCUUGCAGCUGGUCAAGUCCCAUCGGUUCCCAAGCUGCAAGAGCUGAUCGAAGCAGCCUGGACAUCUGGUUUUGACCGCGCUGGCGCUGAUCAACUAGGACAUAAGCUAUGCAAGACUCGCAAGUGGAUAGGCACAACCGAGAUUGCGGCUGUGCUGAGAUAUUGUGGAAUACGCAUGCAGAUUAUUGAUUUUCAUCGACCCAGCGGACCUAACAACACCCAUCCAGCCAUGCUGGACUGGGUUAAAUCUUACUACAGCGGCAGUGCGUCCACUUCUAGCCACGUUCCUAGAGGCGGUGUGAGCAGUCGUACCUCGUCAUCAGCUCCCGGGGAGUCUGGAAAGGCGGCAACAUCGUCUGUCGUCACUGCGGCAGCGCAGCGUAACAGACCCGCUUCGGGCGCUGCAGGUCCUCCAUCACAAGCAUCUGUGCAAGUUCACGGCGAGAAGUUUCCACUGUACUUCCAGCACCAAGGUCACAGCCGGACCAUCGUUGGCUACGAGGAGCGUAAGGACAACAACCGGUCGCUACUCAUCUUCGAUCCGUCGCAGCCGCCACGCAAGAUGGCUUCGCUGCUGCCGUCCAAGAAGACAGUGACGACGACGGCCAUGGCUGCCUCGUCUAGCCGAUCGGGUGCAGCAGGCACAUCGUUGUCACGAGGAGCUUCUUCGGCGGCAGCCGGAUAUCCGAAUCACACAACAGCGUCAUCGGCGGCGUCGUGCCACGGUGCUGAAGUUGCGGCGGACGCCGGUCGCAUCCAGGUGAUCCGACGACCGCUCGGACAGCAUCAGGCGGACAAGUACCAAGUGGCGUACGUGGACGGCCUCGUCCUGCCAGCCGAGGUUAAUAGGAUGAAGACUAUUCGAUCACGGCGUAUUCCGUAGCCGAGCACUUCUGCCUGCCAAACUCUACUGAAGGCGGCCCGAACACAACAAGAAAGAGAAGAACCCGCUGUCGGUAACGUACCUCUGCAUUCACGCAGGCUUGCUCCAGCUACUGGGGUAGUAUUGCUCCUGCUACUGGGGUAAUACUGUUGAGUUGUUUUUGGGCACUGCCAGAGUAUCGAUAUCAAACGUACAACUGUUAGCAUAUUGAUACCAAACGUACAGCUGCUAAAGCAUCGAUACCAAGCGCACAGCUGUUAGAGCAUCUAUAUCAAACGUACAGCUGCUAAAGCAUCGAUACAAGCGUACAGCUGUUAGAGCAUCUAUACGAAACAAACAACUGUAAUUGCAUCGAUACCAAGCGUACAGCUGCUAGAGCAUCUAUACCAAACGAACAACUGUAAUUGCAUCGGCACCAAGCGUACAGCUGUUAGAGCAUCUAUACCAAACGAACAACUGUAAUUGCAUCGGCACCAAACAUACAGCUGUAAUUGGCGUUGAUACCAAACAUUCAUGUGAAUAUCUCUACUGCCUGCGCCACCGUCGCUGCUCCUGCUGUUGCCAUCCCGUCGCUGCUCCUGCUGUUGCCAUGCCGUCGCUGCUCCUGCUGUUGCCAUGCCGUCGCUGCUCCUGCUGUUGCCAUGCCGUCGCUGCUCCUGCUGUUGCCAUGCCGUCGCUGCUCCUGCUGUUGCCAUGCCGACCCUGCUCCUGCUGUUGCAAUGCCGACGCUGCUCCUGCUGUUGCCAUGCCGACGCUGCUUGGUCGUCGUGACGCGUUACGCCGAGUGUUCAUAUUAUGGCAGUGCUAACAGUGCAGUGUCCGUGUGCAUGAGACACCACCGUGCUCUCUCUCGGUAUACACACAAACAGGAGUUGCAUGAGACACCACCGUGCUCUCUGUAUACACACAAACGGGAGUUGCUCCGCGUGGUUCUGAGCUCAUGCAGCACAUUGACUCGCGAGAGUCAGGCAGCCUUUGGCCAAUGAAGAUCGUGUUUCCGGGGACUAAAAGCCAGUCGCUGUGGCCCGAACUUUCCGACCUCCACCCGUCUGAUUCGAUGCUGACCUACACAUGUACACAUACCGGACUGCACAGUGUCCUGAUUCAGUUGAUAUUGAGUUGAUUGAUAGGAUUAUGUCUCCUGUGCUAAGUAAGGCCCUGAAGCUGAAUCGCCGUCGACUUCCUUGCAGCGAGUGAGUCUGUGGACACGCAACGCGUACGCGUGCACGCACACCAGUACAGGGGCCGUGCAGAGCGCAGACAGUUGUUGUCCGAGUCUCAACUUCAUCGCCGUUAGGCGGCGAACGGGCAGGUGCAGGCAUACUUGCACACACAUGCACACACACACGCACACGCACGUGCACGCACGCACACACACACACACGCACACACACACACACGCGCGCACACACACACACACACACGCACACACACACACACACAUACAGCAGGCUGUGUGCCCCGUCGCCAUGCGGGCUUGUGUUUGACUGCCGAUUUGACGGGUUUUGCACCGUGCCGUACUCUGUCUCCUUGCAAUGCAUGCACGCUUCGCGAGGGCACCCGGUGGCUCCCGUUUGUUUGCUUGCAACGCUGCCACUGGUCAUAUGCUGCUAAAGAUAUGUUAUGAUACUGUUCAGUUGUACCUUCUCUCACGGUGUAUUGUUUUCGGACUGUAUCACAUACCGGCAGUUUUACUUCAUACGCGGUACUUGAGUAGAGCAAGCAAUAUCACACAACUCACAGAGCAUCACAUGUCAUCCGAUAGCUAGGAGUUUCAUGCCCAUAGGCAAUCAUCAGACAACUGAUCAAUAGCUCUAUUCGAAUGGAUGUCGAGCACUGUACCGAGCCGGAGGACUCUCAUUUGCAAACAAUGUGAUAAUUAAUUAUUUUCAUAUUUAUUUUCAUUGAAGCGUAUCAUCAGGAUUCCGGGGUCCACGA